CGGGAAAUGGGGAGCGGGGAACGGGCGGGCCCGGGGGAGCCCCGCAGGGGACGGCCGGGCCGGCGGCACCGAGCGGGGAAGGAGCGGCCGCGCCGGUUCCCGGGGCACCCGGGACUGGUGGUCUCCCGCCUCUCACGGAGGGGUAAAAUGAACAUUUUGAGUCAGCAGGGGCUGUUCCCAGAAGCCCUGCCCUGGCUCAUAACUCGGUUGUUUCCAGGUGCUCGGGGAGCGAUUCCCCAGGAGGAAGGGGAGCCUUGGCCCCACCUGCCCGGCUCAGUUGGACGGGACAGAACUGGGGCGGCCUGGCAGGGCAUGGACACGUUUCUGAGUUCUGCAGCGCCUCGAAACCUUUCUGUGUCCCAGAAAACUUCCUACCAAAAAUUCUGUCUCGGUUUUCCACCAGAGGUUCUCACCAGAAUUUUCCCCGUGGAGUUUUCCUGCCGAAGGAUCCUGUUGUUGUCGUCUCUUCGAACAUCUGAACGGGGCCACGAGCCAAGAAACCACACACAACCUCCUCUGAACACUGUGAAAGUUGAGGAGAAAUUCGGGAAAAGCAGGGGAAGGAGGAGUGGGAAAGAGGAUUGGCUCUGGCAGCUGAGGGUCUCUGCCCCGCCUCGCCCUCACCUUUUCUUCUGCCACCGUAAGCUGCACAUUGCGGAGAGCUGA